AUGGAACAACCAUUCAUAUCAUCAACAUCAUCACCAGAAUCGUCUUUUGUAACAGACACUACCACAUUAAUAAUACCAUCAAUUUCAAUUGGAAAUAUCCCACAAUUAACCAUUGAUUUAUUUAUUCAUACUUAUAAUUUAAUCAAAGUAGGAACAUUAAAUGAUUUAUAUGUUUAUCCAUUUGCAUCUCCAAUUGACUAUCUGAAUAAUCAUGGCACUGUUGGCUUAUCUAAUGCUAUUGAAGUAUAUCACAAUCCUCAAUUGAAAAUCACAUUAAUUCAACAACGGUCACCAAUAUUACCAAGUUUUACAGAAUCAUAUGUCAUAAAAGUCAUAAUCCCAUUCAUACAAUCAUUGACUCAAUUAACAAAAGUAUUGAUAUUGGAUUCUCUGGAUGCUGGUUUGUUUGAACAUGUGCAAGCAGGUGAUAUUGAAUUGUAUACUACUGAAGUAUUAUUAAGUAAAUCUCUUGAAUCAUUAGAAUUAUCUUCCGAGAAAGUAUAUGAUGAUCUGAAGAAAGAAAAUAAUGAUACUUCUAAUUACGUAAGAAGUUUAUUAAAAGCAUUGAAUUUCCCUCGUAUUAUAGAUACUACUAAUGACGUUAACUAUACUUUUGAUGUUAAUGUUUUGGUAUCAUUUGUAUAUGAAGGUGAUAAUUUCUAUGAUGGAGAGAAAUUAGCCACCAAAACAGCUGAGGUUUUGAAGUUGAAUAUCCCUACUAUAUGGACAAGACCUAUCAGUUGGUUUGGUGCAUACGGUGAUAAGCCAAUACCUAAUUCCAUGGAAGAAGGUUUGUUUGGCUAA